AUGUCUGCAGAACCUGGUUUGCCUAAAAGGCGUUGCGUCAGCACGGCUUGUAUCGCUUGUCGCAGGCGAAAAUCAAAGUGCGAUGGGAAUCUCCCUAGUUGUGCUGCAUGCUCCUCAGUCUACCAUACACCAUGUGUCUAUGACCCAAACUCUGACCACCGACGCAAGGGUGUUUAUAAGAAGGAUGCCGAUGCCUUGCGAACUAAGCACACCACGCUACAAACCCUGGUCCAGGCAUUGCUGAACUAUGAAGAAGAAGAUGCAUUUGAAAUCGUGCGCCAAAUCCGAUCCUGUGAUGACCUAGAAGAUGUCGCCCAAUCCAUACUCACCCGAGAUAGAGGGCUUCCAGCACCAACGACAGAAGUUGUGGGGGAAACCACCGAAAAUGAGAAUGCGGCUGAAGUCGAUCAAUUCGAAUCCGAACUAUCGGGUAGAAUGAGCGAACUCCUACUAGAUGGCUCUCGAAAAUUUAUUGGCGGCACGUCCAAUCUCAUCUUCCUUCCACCUGGUUCGGAAUUACACGAGUUCACGCCUACUCAAGAAGCCCCAAUUGCUCCGGUUACCAAUGCUGUGCGACAUUGGACACAAGUCACGGAAGACGACUCACUCGUUAGUCAUCUUUUGACGAUGUAUUUUACAUGGCACUACCCAUUUUUCACAAUCCUGGCUAAGGACAUGUUCUAUCGGGAUUAUGUUCGUGGUGUGUCAAGUCCCUAUUGCUCGGCCUUGCUAGUCAAUGCCAUGCUAGCUCUGGGGUGUCAUUUUACUACGUGGCGGGGAGCCUUUUCCGAUCCUAACAACAUUGCAACCGCCGGUGAUCAUUUCUUCAAAGAAGCCAAGCGAAUGGUUCUGGAGAAUGAUGAGCACGAGAAUGCAAAGCUUUGUACAGUUCAGGCAUUUGCUCUUAUGUCUGUGCGCGAGGCUGGGUGUGGCCGCGAAGGCAAAGGCUGGGUUUAUAGUGGGCUCAGUUUCCGCAUGGCCUUUGAUCUUGGCUUAAAUGUCGAUGCCACAACCCCUGGCUCACACAACUUAACCGAAGAAGAGAUUGAUGCAAGGAGGAUCACAUUUUGGGGUUGCUAUCUCAUCGAUAAGUGUUGGUCAAAUUACCUUGGACGGCAGCCACAAUUAUCCUCAUCGAACACAAAUAUACCGAAAUUUGAGGUGUUCCCAAGCGAGGAAACAGAACUUUGGGCACCAUAUACAGACGCAGGUGCAAGCCAAGACCACAGUCAAGCUUCGCGGACCCGAGCUGUUGCGCUACAAAUAUCGAUACUCUGUCAGAUCAGCGGCGAUCUCCUUGCCUUUUUCUACCACCCAUCGGAAUUAGAAAAGUCGCAACCAAAACAAACAGAGUUGAAAAAGCUUAGCGAUGUUCAUACUAGACUUGAGGCCUGGAAAAAGCAGCUACCGCGAGAAUUCGAGCCAAAGGAAGGACAGCUCCCCCAAGUCCUAGUCAUGCACAUGUUCAACCAACUACUACUCAUUCAUCUCUAUCGGCCAUUCUUAAAAUAUACGAAGACGAACACGCCCCUGCCUUCACAUGUCUCGCCACGCAAGAUAUGCACGCAAGCCGCAUCGGCGAUAUCUAAACUCUUGCGAAUGUACAAACGAACUUAUGGUCUGAAGCAGAUUUGUAACGUGGUCGUUUACAUUGCUCAUACUGCUUGCACCAUUCACCUUCUGAAUCUUCCCGAGAAAAACGCUCAACGAGACAUCGUUCAUGGGCUGAGAAACCUCGAGGAAAUGGCCGAAUGUUGGCUGUGUGCGCGUCGCACAUUGCGCAUCCUUGAAAUAUCCGCCAACAAGUGGCAGGUCCAUCUCCCUACCGAAGCCAGUGCUGUUUUCGAACGAACUCAUACCAACAAUUUGAGCCCCUCCGUCAACAGCCCAGGACGCUUCUCACCUGGCGGCAACAAGGCCCCUGCGGUGCAGCGUCCGGAACCCACCACAACCAACACAGCGAAUUUGGCGGGGGUGUCUAUGGCCCCUCAAUACCCUCCCGCGACCACCAUGGCAACUUCAGUUCCCCCAAUGCGUAUAGCACGCCGGGUAUUUGGAGCCCAGGCCCAAAGGCCAGAAUUUCCGCCACCAGAGCCGACAUAUCUCCGACCACUAUCACAAAUGGACUACCAAGUACCUACGGGGUUUGCAGGUUCAAAUCCAUCCGCUCCUUCUCCCAUACCUGGCGGCUGGUACGAUGCAAACGGUGCCCAUGUAGAGACGCAGCCUACUCCAUCGAACCUCUCAUCUAUGACUAAUUUUGGGGCCCCUGAAAGUCUAGUUAAAGAGAGUCAAGAUUGGUGGUCUCGCAAUGCUACCACCGUGGACAUUGGAGUGGAAAAUUGGAGUCCUUGGAGUCCUGGUAUCCCGACCCCAGCACCUCAUAUUCAGUACGGCGAUGACCAUGUAAACCUCAUGGGUAUGGCAUCACAACCUAACACUGUAAACGGUCGCCAAAACCAAGCCGAGGCCUCAAUGGGGAUGCACAAUACCAGUGUGUCGCCAGAGAAUGGCACACCCAAAUUUGAGGGGCCAUGGUCAUGA